AGGAGAGAGAGAGUGAGGGAGUGUUUUAAAGCCGGCAGGAGGCAUGAUGUCCUACAUUAAGCAGCCCCAUUACGCCGUGAACGGGUUAACGCUGUCCGGCCCGGGCAUGGAUCUGCUCCACUCCGCAGCCGUCGGAUAUCCCAGCACGCCACGUAAGCAGCGUCGGGAACGCACCACCUUCACGCGUGCGCAGCUGGACAUCCUGGAGGCUCUAUUUGCCAAAACUCGUUACCCAGACAUCUUCAUGAGGGAGGAGGUGGCUCUCAAGAUCAACCUGCCUGAAUCUAGAGUUCAGGUCUGGUUUAAAAACCGCCGUGCCAAAUGCCGCCAACAGCAGCAGCAGAGCACAGGCCAGUCAAAACCCCGACCUCCUAAGAAGAAGGCUUCCCCUGCCAGAGAGGCACCCACCGAGGCCAGUGCCAACCCAACCAAUGGGCCCUACAGCCCCCCGCCCCCUCCCCCAGGCACAGCCAUCACCCCCAGCUCAAGCUCCGCCAGUGCCACCGUAUCCAUCUGGAGCCCAGCCUCCAUCUCUCCGCUGCCGGAUCCCUUGUCAGCCUCCACCACCCCCUGCAUGCAGCGCACCACCACCUACCCCAUGACCUACACCCAGGCUCCGGCCUACAGCCAGAGCUACGCAGGCUCCUCCUCCUACUUUACCGGCCUGGACUGCAGCUCCUACCUGUCCCCCAUGCACCCGCAGCUGUCGGGCACCGGAGGGGCCCUGAGCCCCAUAACGGCCUCCUCGAUGGGAGGGCCCCUCAGCCAGUCCCCCGCCUCGCUCUCCUCACAGGGCUACACGGCCGCCUCGCUGGGGUUCGGAGCCGUCGACUGUCUAGACUACAAAGACCAAGCUGCCUGGAAGCUCAAUUUCAAUGCCGCUGACUGUCUGGACUACAAAGACCAGAACUCCUGGAAGUUCCAGGUCUUGUAAAUCACAGCGGGUUAACAACAGGAGGAGGGGGAAAGUGGGAAAUCAAACAAAAAUGAAGUAGUGUGAAUAACCCCAUAUUACUGUUGGUGUUUUAGAAGAAGACAGAGCUGGGGACACAGAGACAUUCGUGACGUCAGCUGAGGAACCAAUCAGCUCAAAUAAAUGUUGCAGAAAAAGAAAAAAAAAAUGUGUGGAAGUUGAAUGAUCUGUUGAUGCUUGAGUUUUCUGAAUGUAGGAUUUCCAUGUUUAUUUUUUAGGAUGCGUAGAUAGCCUUCAAGUGAGGCCACAUGUGAGGAACACAAGACUUAUAUUGUGUAAUAUAAGGCCCUGUCUGUUUUCAGCAGACAACGUUGUCGUGUAAAUAGAGGCUUAAUUAUUCAGACCUGAGUGUUAAAACGACUUUGAUUAAAACUCUUUCAUGAGAAUCUUACACUGAAAAUCCAAAAACAAAAAAAUCAUCUCUACUGGUUGUUUAUAUAAUCUGACACAAUUUAGCUGAAAUAAGCAUCUCUUUGUUGGUCCUGACUUCAAUGGAAAAAAGCAGAAGCAGUUCUACAUUUUAUCAAAAACUUUACCCCCUCAAGCUUUUAAUUUGUCACCUGAUUAACAAUCUAAGAACUGGGCCUGGCAUUGGUCAGGAAAGGAGCUGUGGAGUUCUCAUGGUGACAGUGUUAGAGUAACCCCUAGCCCAGAAGAAACACAAAGCAGGGACAUAAAUGUUUCCAGUGAGCCUUCUGGAAAGAGUCCCUCCUGAGACUGCAGUACAAACCUGCUGCCUUUGAGCACGGCAGUAAUCUACGCCAACAACAAUGGCUCGUACAUUGUUCGUUUAAUAGGAUCACUUUCACGUAAGGUGGACAACAAUGGUCACAUUGUGGUGCCCCCCCACCCGAUUCCGCCCCCUCUCUUCAGCUACCUGAGAUAAGCAGUUCUUGAAAUCACUGCUCUGGUGGGCAGCUUGAUUGGGGAGAAGACCGCACCAGAGAAAGGGAAGGGGCAGUCUGUCCCUUUUGCACAGUGUCCGGUGCCUCGCUCUGCUCCAACUUGUAAAGAAGUGACACCUCUUUUUUGUGUUCGAUAUUUUUUCUUUAAUUGAUCAUCUCUUUGUAUUAGACUUUAACAAUACUAUGUUUCUUUAAAAAAAUGUGAAUUUGUUGAAGUACAAAAAAAUGUGGUAAUUUGUUCUGAGCCAGUAUUAUCAGUAUUAAUACUAUCAUUAUCGCUACUAUGACUCCAGCCGACAUGGAUGUUGCUAAUAAAAGUAUUUUUAUGUUGUGGUUUUGUAAAUAUUAAAACUUGAAAAAGCAAUCUCAUCUGAUAUCACCCAACUGGCUUUGUCUCUCUCUUCGUCAUCCUUAAAAUCUAGAAAAAUGCCAACUUUUUACUGUUCAUGUUUCUCUCGUUUAUACUUCUUUUUCUUUUCAAACUCAGGGGUUCGUCCAAUAAAACUAGCACUGAUGGCACACAAUGCUAUUUAUGCUUCUUAAUCAUUUGUAUGUUCAUCUUCUGCAUUGUAUUCUUCUCUGCCUAUUUUUCUGCCAUGGAAUAUUUCAUUUGUCUCCUGUGUUUGAGCAUUUCCAACAUUACCAUGCUAGAUAGCAAUGAUGUUUCUAAUGAGACAUUAAAUGACUUAAUUAAA